CUCCCCCAGGUAAGUGUAGUCAUGGAGGUGCAGCUGACCUGACCAGCUCUGAGGUUCCUCGCGGGGGCAUCAGCAAGGAUGAGCGUCGCUCUGACAACGUGGCCCUGCACACUGCUGCUGUCACCGUGGCAACGACCGCAACCCUCCGGCUGCUGGACGACAUCCGGGGAGCCGCCGGUGACAACAACUACCUACGCUUCAUGGGCAUAGCGCGAUCGGCAGUGGUUGCUUUUGUGAUCGACACCACGGGGAGCAUGAAGGAUGACAUCCUUGAAGCCAAGAGUGUUGUCAAUGAGAUCAUCGACAGGAAAAAGGGAACACAGGAUGAGCCCUCCCAGUACAUCCUGGUCCCAUUCAACGAUCCAGAGUUCGGACCCCUGAUAAGAACGACAAACCCUGAUGUUAUGAAAACAGAGAUUGCUAAACUCAAAGCUGAUGGAGCGGAGACCUCCCUGAGAUGUGCUUAUCAGGCCUACAGUUGGCGCUGACCGGUGCUCCAGCGU